UCUCAGUACACCGCUAAGCAAAAAUGGUGGAAGUAUCUUCCAGAUUUUGAGAAAUUUUCGAAUAAAUAUUUUGCAAAACCUUUCAGUUUUCAUGGAUCUUUGUAUUUGUUCUCAAGUUCAAAGUCAUAUUGAGUAUUUGAAAAAUGAAUUGAAUUUCAGUUUUCAGUGAAAGCGUUGUGUAUACUUGUAAGUGAAAAAUCGUGGGCUGGCUGCCAUUAUAAUUCGAAAAAGAAGAAAGGGAUCAUCAAAAAGUAGCUUAAAAUAUAAGACAGAAAGAAUAUUCUGUAUUGAUUCGAAAAAGUAAAUGUAUUAAAAAUGGAUCAACUAUUCAUGUUCUCAAAUGAGUAUACAGAGGAUGACGAUAACAAUGCUAAGGAUGGUAACAAUAAAGAGGAAGCAAAAAUUAAAAGUGAACCUCAGGAAAUUGUCAAUGAUGGUGAAGAUGAUAAUAGCUACAUAAUGCCGGAAUCUUUAUUGCAACAAAUGACAACAACGCGAGAUGAAGAUGGAGAAGCUGAAGAUGAUAACACUAUUUUUAAUUUUGGGAUUGAACCAACUGGGAAAACACGUUCGUUGUCGGCUAUAGUGAAGUCAACUUCUACAAAAAAUCCUCAAGAUGCGUUAAUUAACUAUGAUAUGGCCAUAAUGUAUAUAUGCCCGGCUUGCGGUGCGGAAUUCGAUACGCAAAGCGUUUGGAAGGGGCACAUAAAUGGAGUGCAUGAAUAUAAUACUCGGCGGGGAUUAAAUUUUGUACCGAUAGAUAAGUUGUAUCACAGAUGUUUAGAAUGCAACAAACCUAUUGCUAUGCAUGCAAUGGAAAAUUUGUUAAAACAUAAAUUUACUCAUUUGCCUCAUCGCUGUACUAAAUGUAAAAUCUGCCAUCGUCGUUAUAAAUAUCGGCAGGACUUAAUUGUACAUUUGCGUUUGUGUCAUCGUGAAGAAGUGAUAUUAAUGAUGCAAAGCGAAAAGACACCUGUGCCUAGGCAUGAAAACAAGCGAGCAUCAGUCCCUGCAGUAACAAAUGCUCAGUUAGAAAUAAAGGAUAUAAAAGGAAAUGCUGUUGAUAUUUUUGAGAACACAUGUGAUAGUGUUGAGGUAAAAAAUGAACCAUUUGAUCCAGACGAUCAGGACGCGGAAAGUUUGCUGGUACAAUCAGGGAGUAAAUCCAAAUAUCCGCGAACCUCAAUACUAGAAGAUGCACUGAGUCGAAGUUCUUCACAAGUUUUCGAACAGCGACCAAGUGUUGAAGAGAAACAAUGUGAAAAGCAUAUACAAUAUAUUUGCCCAGUUUGUAGUACGGAGUUCAUGACCAAGAAUGAAUGGCAGGAACAUGUACAAGAAAUGCAUAACUUUUGCACAAUCAAUGGGCUUGGGUUUCAAAAACGUUUUAAUUCAACGGCUGAAUGUGUCGAAUGCAACCGGGUUUUGCCUGACAAUGCAAUAGACCAACUGCAGCAACACAAAUUUUCGCAUCUUCCUUGCAAAACAUGGUUACGUUGUAAGCUUUGUUUACGUUCGUUUAUUACCUACAAGGAUAUAAUAAAGCACUUGCUUAACCAACAUCGGCUUGAUGAUGAACUUGACGCAGAUAUGGACGACAGCCAAGACUGUCGUUCCUUUGACCCAUACGCUGCGCCAUCAAACGACUAUGAAGACGACCAGACGUUAGCUGAAGACCAACUUAAAGGCGACCUACGUGAUAUUUAUGAAACACAAAUAGAUUAUUUGUGUCCUAAAUGUGGUAAAGAGUUUUUCGAAAGAAAAAUGUGGAGAAAGCACAUUGUUAAAGCACAUCAUUAUACCGAUUUGAAAACACUUUGUUUUGAAGCUGUGAACGAGCACCAGUUGCAAUGCCGAUUAUGCGGUAAAGUAAUCACAAAUGCUUACGGUGUGCAAAACGCUCAACAACAUUACUUUACACAUUUACCGCACAAAGCGUACAUACGCUGUCGCUUAUGUGAUAAAUCUUAUACAGAUCGCAAAGGAUUGGUGAAACAUCUUCGUAAAGUACACCAUAUUAAUCCCAAAACGGCAGCGGCAGCAGCAUUAGCUAAAGCAAAUAAGAUCAUGCGGCCACCUUUAUUAGCAACAUACGAAAAGUCCUCAUCUAAACACGUGAGCAUAUCUCGUAAAGCACCUGUUAAAGAAAUCGUUCGUCAUAACGGCGUAAUAUUUGAAAUAAAAUUUUUGGACGAAGAUAGUAAUGAUAACACCUCGUUUGGUGGGAGAAAUGGAGAUGACAUUCAUGGCAAUAGUUUUGCUAUGCCCACAAGAAGGCAUGUGUGCUCGGAUUGUUACUCAACCUUCACUACAGUACAAGAAUUACAAAAACAUACCCGAGAACAACAUGACUUCAAAAAACCAACCCAAACAAAUGUCUGCGGUAGGUGUUAUUGUACAUUUGAGUCAGAAGAAGCGCUGCAAGACCAUAAAAUAAAGCAUCAUUCAUCGAAUGCUAGUGGGGGUAACAAUGAUGAUGAUGAUUUACUCUUGGUACCUACUGGCAAUGAGGAAGUUAAAAGGAACACCGCUGAUGAUACUCCAAAUAUUGAACAAUAUUUCUGCUAUCUAUGUCCUGCAUGUGGUGAGGAAUUUAAAACUCAAUACGAAUGGCGUCGUCAUAUAAACGACAUACACUAUUUCGAUCGUAGAUAUGAGUUGAAUUUCAAACAAAUCGAUAAAUUUCAUUUCCAGUGUUUGGAAUGUAAGGAAAUUGUGAACAGUGCCAAAUUGAAAGGUCUGCAAGACCAUAAAUUUCGUCACUUACCAUAUAAGUUAUAUAUAAAAUGUCGGCUCUGCAGCACAUGCUACAAUCAUAAACCUAAUGUGGUCACACAUCUGUGCACGCAACACAAUUUUGCACAUCCACGUAAAUCGUCCAGUUCAAGCCCAGCUAUAUCGUCAGCACCGCAAAUUCGUAAUACAUAUAACAUGCCAGCAACAACUUCUAACACUUUCAAGCCUUUAUCAGCUGAAAGCCUCAUUUCCUUACACAAUGCAGUAGAACACGAAACAAUUACCUACUAUUGCCCGCAGUGCAAUGAACCGUUUAACACACAUGCCCUAUGGCGUCAACAUAUCGUCACUGUACAUGAUCUUAACAGUCGACAAGGUUUGAAUUUCCGUCAAUUAGACGCACACCAUUACAUAUGUUUGGAGUGUUAUAAACGAGUCACAGUAACUCAUACCAAGGGCGCUAUUGGUCAACUGCAGUCGCAUAAAUUCCGCCAUUUGCCGUAUAAAUCUUUCUGUUGCACCAAAUGUGGUGGGGUCUUUGUGCGCAAGCAAAUGUUCUUUAAGCAUCUAAAUCGUGCCACCAAUAGAUGUCCACUGAUGGGCAAUGAACGCGCAACACAUCAUGUCAAAACAAAAAGUUAUAAGAACUCAGUACGUAAUAUAUACGGUCAACAAAGUGACGAUAGUAAACCGUUGAAGAACCUCAACUUCUCGGUGACGUCGAAUGAAAAAUGUCCCUACAUCAUACAAUGUCCACAAUGUGGCAUAAAAUUCGAAAAAUGGCAUCCAUGGCGUGAUCACAUCGAAAAGGAACACAAGCUACAUAGUAUGGAAUCAUUGAAAUUCAAAAAGAUCAAUGAUCACCUACACAUUUGUAUACAGUGUAAGGAACGUGUCAACGGUGCAAAUUUUGUUAACCUCCAAACACAUCGGUUUAAGCACUUGCCAUAUGGCACUUAUUUACACUGUCGUUUCUGUGAUGUCAGAUACUAUUAUAUGAUUAACAUUAUAAAACACAUGAAACAAAAACAUCCAAAUCAUGGCCUGGAAGAGCUCGAAUUGCAAUUGGAGAGUGCACCAGACGAAGAGUCCGUCAGUUCUCCGGCGGUGACAGUGAAUAUGGAUGUUGAUAAGGAGAGUGAUGUGUGCGAAAAGAAAAACGCCGAUAUCGAUGGUAAUGAUAAUAGCAAGACAAACGAUGAUGAUGAUGCGCUGGUUAUUGCUGACGAUGGCGAACACAAUAAUAAAGUUUCUGAAGAAAAGGACAUUGAUUAUGGUUUUGGGUGCGAGUCCUCAAUAUGUUCAUACAUUAUACUAUGUCCACAAUGUGGUAUUAAAUAUGAUAAUUGGUAUACGUGGCGUGAUCAUAUAUCAGCAGCACAUUCGCUAAAUAGCCACAAAACGUUGAAUUUCACGAAAAUUUUCGAUUGGUUGCAGGAAUGCAACGAGUGCAAGGAGCGUGUAAAUGCCACAUCGCUAUUUAAUUUGCAAACUCACAAGUUCAAGCAUUUACCAUAUGGCACUUAUUUAGAGUGUCGCUACUGUGACGCCAAAUAUAACUAUAUAAUACACAUUGUUAGUCAUUUGAAGGCGAAACAUCCAGAGCACGCAUUGCAAAAACAAAAUAUACCCAUUGAUAUUGAUGAAACUUUGUUGGACAAUGUUGACGAUGUUGCUGAAGAAGAUGUUGCAGAAGUAAAGCGCAGUGUUGGUGACGAAGCAAAGGGUGUUACUAAUUCGGAUGGGGAUGUAGAGGCUGAGGGUGAUGACGAUGAGGAUGUUGACGAUGACAUGGAUGAUGACAUUGAUGAAGACGUGGAUGAUGAUGACGACGACGAUGACGAUGAAGAAGAAGCUGAGGAGAAUGCACAUAAUAAUGAUGGGAAUGCUGCUGGUGAAGUUGUUGAGCAAAUGGAUGUUGAUGCUAAAAGCGAUGAUGAUUUUGGAGAUGGUGAUGACGACGAUGAUGAUGAUGAUGAUGAUGAUGAUGAUGAUGAUGAUGAUGAUGAUGACGAUGACGAUAGUGAAAAUUAUGGUACUGAUGGUAAUGUAGAAGAUCCAGCUAUUGACAGCGAAAAUACAAACGUAGAGGCGCCAAAUGGUGUAGUGGAAGACAUUGAACAAGUUGAAAACCCCGAAGAACAGUUUGUUCUUGGCUAAGGGUUUAUUUUCAUUAAAAUAACUUUAUCCUAAACAAUUCAUCAUGAGUUUUCACGAUAUUGAAAAAGAACAAUUGUGAAAGUGCAUUCUUAACAUUCUAUUAAUACAUUUUUUUUAAAUUUCUUUCUGUAUGAUUAGAAAAAAGAAAUAUAAAAUCUCUAAGUGUAUUCAUCAUAUAAUUAAUAUUUUUUUUUAAAUAAUAAUGAUUAUUAUAAGUUUAAAACAUAAGAAAAAGGAUAAUUAUUUUUCAAAUAUCUCAACGAAGUGGAUAUGUGGAAAUAUAUAAAUAUUAAAGACAAAGUUCAGCGAAUGAAAUGUUUAAAACGCAUUAGAUUACUAGCACAUUCAAAUAACUUAUAUUAAUUUAAGUUUCAUUGAAAAUCGAACAGAUCAAGUCAAAAUAUCCUAUAUGAGAAAAAAAUUAAAUAGGGUAUACAUUUUUAUUAAAAAUACAAUACACGCCAUUUUUCUCAUUCCUUUUAUUACUUUUUGCCUAUUUAGCCCCACUUGAUAAAAAUCUGAUCCAGUAAAUUAAAGCAUCAUAUUAGUAGUGGUUAUACCAAUUAAUUUAGACAGUUAUAAGUUUACUGAUGGUUUUAUUUGGACAUUUAGCGUAUCAUAUACACAUAAACAAUAUACAUUCUCAAAUUAUUCUAUUACCAAGGCGAUCAAAAAUAAUGUAUGGAUUUUACAUUAAUUAAAAAGAACUCGUAAAUAUUAAACAAAAUAUUUGUGACGCAUAUGUAUAUGUAUAUGUAUGUUAUUAUGAAGCCCUCUAUUGCGAAGCAGCAAAAAUAAUAACAAAAUUUUUAUUAAAAUGGUAAUUAAAGUAAUUUAUAAGUAUCUUAAUCAAGAAUAUAUACAAGUAUAUAAGUACAUACAUAUAUACUUACGCUCCUUAGGUUAUAAUGUAUACAAGAAAUCAAUAAAAUAUACUAUAACACAUGCA